AUGUUCCGCAACGUGUUCGACGCACUAGGGCUGAAGGAUGCCGACCUGACGACUCACCAGCACGGGGUUAUCGGGUUGGACAACCACUUCAUCAAACCAGACGGAGUAAUUGCCCUACCAAUCUCGGUGGGGCAAGCCCAAGGCCGAAGAUCGGCAAUGGCCGAGUUCGUAAUCCUCCGAGAUUCCACUGCCUACAACAUCAUCUUGGGAAGAAAAACAAUCAAUGAUUUCGAAGCCAUAAUCAACACAAAGCUGCUAGUCAUCAAGUUCGUUACCGAUGACGGAUCCAUAGGGACCAUAAGGGGGGACCUCGAGACGGCGGUCGCUUGUGACAACGCCAGCCUCUCCCUUAGAAAGAAAUCCAAGGAAGCAUCCGGUGUAUUCCUAGCCGACCUCGAUGCCAGGGUAGAUGACAAGCCAAGGCCAGAACCGGAAGGGGAUCUGGAGAAGCUCAGAAUUGGUGACGACGUGGAAAAGUUCACAUUCGUUAACAAGAACCUCCCACAUGAAUUGAAGGAGCCAUUGAUCGAAAUGAUAAGAGCCAACAAGGACUUGUUCGCCUGGACUCCAGCCGACAUGCCGGGCAUAGACCCGAAAAUCAUCUCACACCAUCUAGCCGUCAAGGCAGAAGCGCGCCCAGUGGCCCAACGGAGGAGAAAGAUGUCGGCAGAAAGAGCAGAGGAGGUAGCCAGGCAGACGGCCAGCCUCCUAGAAGCAGGCUUCAUACGGGAAGUGGACUACACGACAUGGCUCUCGAAUGUGGUAUUGAGAGGGGUAGAAGCUAACCCUGAGAAAUGUCAGGCAAUACUUCAGAUGAAGAGCCCAGGUUGCAUCAAGGACGUCCAGAGGUUGGCAGGGCGGUUGACCUCAUUAUCCCGGUUUCUCGGGGCUUCGGCAACAAAGGCCCUGCCAUUCUUCAACCUCAUGAAAAAAGGGAUGGCGUUCGAGUGGACGCCCGCAUGUGAAGAAGCCUUUCGGCACUUCAAGGAAAUCCUGGCGGCACCACCCGUCCUCGGGAAGCCAAAGGACGGAGAACCACUAUACCUGUACCUCGCCAUAACGAGUGAAGCCCUGGCCGCAGUUCUAGUACGGGAGGACGGGAAAGCUCAACAACCAGUCUAUUUCAUAAGCAGGGCCUUGCAAGGGGCAGAGUUAAGGUAUAGCAAGUUGGAAAUGCUAGCCUUGGCACUUCUAACUUCCUCGCGAAGGCUAAAACAAUACUUCCAAAGCCACCAAGUUGUCGUCAGAACGGACCAAGGAAUCCGGCAAGUACUCCAAAAGCCCGACCUGGCGGGAAGAAUGAUGACUUGGUCCAUCGAACUCUCCCAGUAUGACAUACGAUACGAACCCCGGCAAGCCAUCAAGGCACAGGCGAUGGCAGAUUUUCUAGUAGAAGUAACGGGAGAUCCAAGCGAAGAAGCGAGUACACGGUGGAAGCUCCAUGUGGACGGAGCCUCCAACCAGACCUUCGGAGGUGCCGGGAUCAUCCUGGAAAGCCCGGUUGGAGUUGUAUACGAACAGUCGGUCAGAUUCGAGUUUCCCAUCUCGAACAAUCAGGCAGAAUAUGAAGCCCUUAUAGGAGGCUUAACCCUAGCAGCAGAAGUCGGCGCAAGAAAACUAGAAAUAUGCAGUGAUUCCCAAGUCGUCACCUCCCAAGUAAACGGCAGCUACCAAGCCAAAGACCCUUUGCUACAGAAGUACUUGGAAAAGGUUAGAAGCUUGAGCCAAAAGUUCGAAGAGGUCACGGUCCACCAUGUCCCUAGAGAAAGGAACACACGGGCAGACCUCCUGUCGAAGUUAGCUAGCACUAAGCCGGGAGAAGGGAACCGAUCUCUCAUCCAAGGCAUGACGAGAGAACCAGCAAUCACACUGCACGUAACAAGCCUAGGCUCUUCAUGGCUAGACCCCAUCACUGACUUCCUAGAACACGGCAAACUCCCCAAUGAUGAAAAGGACGCGGCAAAAUUGAGAAGGGAAGCGGCCAAAUACGCCGUCAUCCAAGGACAGUUGUUCAGGAAAGGGCUCAACCAACCCCUACUGAAGUGCCUUCACCCCGAUCAGACGGACUACGUCCUAAGAGAAGUCCAUGAGGGCUGCUGUGGGCACCACAUCGGAGGCAAGGCCCUAGCGAGGAAACUAAUCCGAGCCGGAUACUAUUGGCCGUCGAUGAUGGCAGACUCCAAAGAGUUCGUCAAAAAAUGCGUAAAGUGCCAACAGAACGCCAACUUUGCCAGGGCGCCGGCCUCCGAGUUAAGCUUACUGACGACUUCCCGACCGUUCUCCCAAUGGGGAGUCGACCUCUUGGGGCCUUUCCCAGUUGGCUCAGGGCAAGUCAAAUACCUCAUUGUCGCAAUUGACUACUACACCAAAUGGAUAGAAGCCGAACCGCUAGCCAGCAUAUCCUCAUCUAAUUGCAGGAAGUUCAUGUGGAGGCAGGUGAUAACGCGAUUCGGGAUACCGGAAGUCGUCGUCUCCGACAACGGCACGCAAUUUACUGAUAAGAAGUUCAUGGAAUUCCUUAACGGCCUGGGCAUAAAGCAAAGGUUCUCUUCGGUAGAACACCCUCAGACGAACGGACAAGUGGAGUCCGCCAACAAGGUUAUCCUUUCGGGGCUAAAAAAGAGGUUGGACAACAAAAAGGGUGCUUGGGCCGACGAGCUAGCAUCGGUCCUCUGGUCUUACCGAACAACCGAGCAAUCCUCCACCAAGGAAACUCCUUUCCGACUAACGUACGGAGUGGAUGCAGUAAUACCCGUAGAGAUCGGUGAACCGAGUCCGCGGUUGCUAUUGAAAGGAGUAGAGGAAACCGUAGAAAAGGACCUGAUAGAUGAAGCCCGGGAGAUGGCCCAUUUGACAGAAACGGCGCUAAAACAAAGAAUGGCUCUGCGCUACAACACCAAAGUGCUCAAGAGGGAAUUCGAGCCAAACGACCUCGUCCUAAGGCGGAAUGAUAUCGGCCUGCCGACCCCCGGAGAGGGCAAGCUAGCGGCAAACUGGGAAGGCCCCUACAGAGUCAAAAGAGUGAUGGGAAAAGGAGCCUUUAAGUUAGAAAAGCUUGAUGGCAAGGAAGUCCCGAGGACAUGGAACGCGGACAACCUUAGAAGAUUCUACUCCUAG